GGAGGAAUAUUUAGGUCGGCUCACUGUGAUAUUGGCUGUUGUGAGAUUCCUUUUAUUGCAAGGUCUUGCCUUCCGUGGACAUGAUGAGUCUCGUACCUCUUCCAAUAAGGGAAACUUUCUUGAAUUGAUUGAUUGGUUGAAAAUGAGAGAUGAAGGUGCCAAAAUCUUACUUGAUAAUGCUCCUGGAAAUAAUUUAUUGACUUCACCAUUUAUACAAAAAGAUAUGUGUGAAGCUUGUGCCAAACUGACAACUAAAGUCAUUUUGGAUGACAUUGGGGAUAAAAAGUUCUCUAUUCUUGUUGAUGAGUCUCGCGAUGCAUCUAUCAAGGAGCAAAUGGCUGUUGUUUUGAGGUAUGUGAAUGAUAAAGGUCAUGUGAUUGAGAGAUUUCUUGGUGUUCAACAUGUUCCGGACACAACAUCAGCGGCACUAAAGGGUGCUUUGGAUGCUAUGCUACUUGCUCAUGGUUUAUCUAUGAAUAACAUACGAGGACAAGGAUACGAUGGGGCAUCAAACAUGAGAGGUGAAUUCAAUGGGCUACAAAGAUUGGUACUAGAUGAAAAUCCCUAUGCCUUUUAUAUACAUUGCUUUGCCCAUCAGUUACAGUUAGUGGUUGUUUCAGUUGCUAAAUGUUGUUCAUCUGUCACGGAUUUCUUCAACUACACCACUUUAAUUGUUAACACUGUCAAUGCAUCUUGUAAGAGACAUGACCAAUUGGCCCAGGAACAUCAUGAUAAUUUAGUGAGAGGGUUAGAAAAUGAUGAAAUUUUUUCUGGGAGGGGGAAAAACCAACAAACAAAUCUUGCAAGACCUGGGGAUACUCGUUGGGGAUCACAUCAUAAAACUUUGUGCCGUCUUCAACUCAUGUGGCAAGCAGUGUUAGAGGUGUUAGAGAAUAUAUGUGAUGAUGGCCCAACAUCAACAACAAAAACUUGUGCAGCGGGUUUGCUAAAACAAAUGGAGAGUUUUGAAUUUGUGCUCAUUAUGCAUCUUAUGAUAAAAGUACUGGGUAAGACUAAUGAUUUGUCACAAUGCUUGCAAAGGAAGGACCAAAAUAUAGUUCAUGCUGUAGCAUUGAUUGGAGCCACAUUACAGAAGGUGAAAGACCUUAGAGAGCAUGGUUGGGAAGAGAUAUUUGAAGGUACAAAAAGAUUUUGUGCCAAGCAUAACAUCAUAAUGCCAAAUAUGUUGGAUACAACUAUUGCAAGGGGUCGUUCGAGGGGUCGUGGAGGCCAGCUAGUAACUUACCAACAUCAUUUCCAUCAUGAAAUCUUUAAUGUGGUACUUGACCAACUUAUUGUGGAGUUAAACAAUCGCUUUGGUGAAAGAUCUACACAAUUGUUGAAAUGCAUUGCAUGCCUUGAUCCUAGGAAUUCUUUUGCCAACUUUGAUAUAAGUAAGUUAGUUGAGCUUGCUUCAAUAUAUGAUGCCGACUUUAAACCAUAUGAUCUGAUAUUGUUGGGAGAGCAACUUGAGACAUUCAUUCAUGAAGUAAGAAAUGAAACCAAAUGGUCAAGUUGUAAUGAUCUUGGUAAGAUUGCAGAGUUGAUGGUUGACACUGGAAAAGAUGGGGAUUUAGAUUUGGUUUAUCGUCUUAUUGAGUUGGUUUUGAUAUUGCCGGUGGCAACUGCAUCCGUAGAAAGGGCCUUUUCAGCUAUGAAUAUCAUCAAAACUGAGUUACGGAAUAAGAUGGCUGAUGAUUGGCUAAAUCACCGCAUGGUGUGCUAUAUUGAGAGAGAUAUAUUUACUGCCAUUGAAAACGAUAAGAUAUUAAAGCACUAUCAAGAUAUGCGAAAGCGCAGGAUUCAACUACCUCAUUCGAGUGUAGCUUCUACCUCUGGACUUGGAUCAAUUGCUGAAGAAGAAUAAAUAUAUUACUUCGCGAUGGCGUUUUUUGUAUGUUUUCUAUCUUUCCGUUUAUAUUUUCAUGUAUCUUUUGAACUGUGAGUUUGUGGACGUCUAGUUUUUUUGAACUGUGAGUUUGUGGACGUCUAGUUUUUGUCACAACUAUACUUAAAAUUUGGCCUGGGGUUCGACUCAAUCCUGGUUCCGCCACUGCAUGGAGCGGCUUUGUUGAUGUAUACAGCUUGGCAUAUCUGGAAGGAGCAAAACAGGCGUGUUUUUGACAAGACACAGCUGCCACUCAAGUGCUUGGCCUAAUUCAAGAUGAGAUCAAGCUGUGCCAGCAAGCGUGCGGAACCUCUCUGGUGGGUGGUGAUUGAGCUAUCUUAGUUUCCAAUGCUACAAGUUCAGAGAGAGUGUUUCUAUUUAUGUAAUAUUAAGCUAUCUGUAAAACUGCACUUC